UCAUGGCGCUACUCAUGCUUUACAUGUACAUAUGUAUAUCGAUUUUGAUGGGAACCAGCAUAACUGCUGCUGUAUGAUUUAGCUUAGGCAAAGAUUCAGCCUGUCAUACAUACGUACAUGUACUUAUAGGAGUUACCUGCCGAUUUUCCUCGCAUGGAGUUGCAACUUCUAAACCAAAUAAAAGGUCAAAUGGAGUAGAACAACAAUGUUGACAUGUUUGACAGUUGGCCAGAUUGGCUUUUAGGCCUAGAGGUCGGGGCGGAUAGGCUUGGUGGAUAAGCAGGUAGGCCAGUAGCUGGGAUGGCUCAAUGUCACCCAAGAGAGUAUUCUUCGUUUUGCACAGUUAUGAUAGAUACAUGUAAAGGCACAGAGGGCAACUGUCAACAUAGAUGGCUACACACUGAAACUUAGAUGUACAUGUAUUCAAAAGUGCUGUGAAGACCCCAGCUGUUCAAGCCAAGAUGCAUCUCAGCAGGCGAAACAAAACCAAAAUUCCAAAGACAAGUUUCUCAAACAUGAAGACAGUGGAGGUUGGACGUGGCCGUAAUGGCUAUGGCUUUACUAUGAAUGGACAGUAUCCUUGCAUUCUAAGUAGUAUCUUACCAGGGAGCCCAGCAGAUGUUGCUGGCUUGAAGUCUGGAGACUGUGUCAUGGCUGUGAAUGGAGAGAAUGUUACUCGUGUAGGACAUGAGCAGAUUAUCAAACUUAUAGGAACAACAUCAGGAGUCCUUCGUCUUACUGUUGCUUGCUUAGAUGAGUCAGAAUCUUCAGAUGAUGAUUAUAUACCGGCCCCAAGAGUGCGGUUCAUGAGAUCUAAAAGCACUACACCCAGUGUUGCCGACAGAGAUGAAGGAAAUAAGGAUCAUAUGAAACAGGGAACUAUUCAUGAGCAUUUGGAGGUGGAGACACCCACAGGCAUCAAUCCUUCCAGUAAAUUUGCACCCGGACAUCUUAGUCCAUACAACCAAACAGGGAAAGCAACAAUUAAGCUUCAGAAACCUGCCAGUAGUUAUGAUUACACUUUCUGGAAUGGAAGAGGCUUUGAAAAAAUGACCAGUUUUCAAAAACCACGGAAAGUUAAGCGUCAUGCAGAAAGUAGACAAAGGCAGAGGGCACAUUCUGUCCAGAACCACACCAAUUUCUAUGAUGAAGAUGAUGAGGCUGACCAAGGUUUACGGCCUCUGACCCCAGUUGAAGUGUCCAAUAUAAGGUAUCCAUCAUUGUAUCCUAAUUCAAAGCAGAGUUCCCAACAUACAAAAUCUGCUGACUCCGCAAAAGAACAUCAGGUAGUUAUGAGUGCCAUAGUGGGCUAUCUUGGCUCCAUUGAUAUCCCAGCUUCAGCUAAUUUACCAACAGCAAGUUUGCAAGCAAUACGUGGCUGUGUAAGACGUCUGCAUCUUGAACAACGAGUCCACUCUGUAAUGCUGAUGGAGAUCACUAAUACAGGAGUUGAACUGAUCAAUGCCAAUCGCAAAGUGACUGUAGUUUACCAUUCAGAUAGUAUCACAUUUUCAGGAAUUUGCCCUGAUGAUAAGCGUUGUUUUGGCAUUGUAACAGCACAUAGUCAGGGAGAAGUCUCUGAUUGUGUUGAUAGUGAUGAUGAACCAGUUGGAAGCUCAUGCCACGUCUUUCUGGUGGACCCUUCAUUGAGUUAUCACAAUGUUCACUUCCAAAUGGCUGCGAGGUUUGGCAUUGAGUGUGUUCAUGAUGCAGCAACAAACACAUGUCAGCAGUUUCCUAUGUCUUCCCGUCCCCUCCUAACUCAUAUUGCCGGAUUACAUAGUGGUCAUGGUGACAGGCUCCACUUUGCUGAUUUCUAUGGUCAGUCUGCAUACCCAGCAGGCCCAAGACGUUCAAACAGUAACAGCAGUAAUAGUGACAGUGGCUUUGGUAAUGGUAAGGAGACAAGUACUGAAAGCAACCAACAUGGAGAGAGAGUUAUGAUUGUAGAUGUAGCAGGACAUAUUCGCAAACAACGGACAAGAGAGCAAUAUAAUGCCAUGGCAAUCAGUGAGUCUUCAAGCAGAUAUGUUGCACAUGCUGAAAUCAACCCGUCACAAUCCUCAUAUUCACUGUCUUCUAUGUCACCAUCAUCUCCUGAACAGUCGCCUAAAAAUACAUUAAGUCAGAGUAAGAUACAUGCAUUUGACCCUUCAGGGCGCUUAACUCCACGUGCAAGACCUGAUCCCAUCUUGAAAGAUCGCAAUGGUAGUGUGACACCUCUUGCUAGACCUAGUGCAACUGUGCAUGACACAUCCUCUGGUCGUUUGACCCCCAGAGUGAGACCAGACCCUGUGGGAUUUUGUAGUCCUGUAAUUAUGCAAGUGUCCAAGCAAGAGAAUGGAAAGCAAAGUGUGCAUGUCAAGAUGCAUCCAAGUAUCACCAACCAAUAUGUAAGACAAGCCACAAGUACAUGUAAUAUGCAUACUGAGCCAAGAAGCAAAACAACUGAUGUUGGUAGCGUGAAAGGUCGACCUCCUACUGGAAGGCACUCCAUGUAUGCGAAGUUGGAUGCUAGCCAAGGAAGAAGUAUGAAGCCAUUGCAUCCUAACAAAAAAGCAGAGAUACAAAGGAUGUCACAGCUGCCGUUGAAGAUGCAAAGACAGUACGAUUUGAUAAGACGUAACAGUGACUGUUCAGAAUACAGUUCUUCAAACUUAAAGAUGUCUAAACAAAACCUUCAGCAAGCUUCGCAGUUCAACAUGCAGCUGAAACAGCCAGGUACAAGACAGUCGUUGGCUGCAUCAGAUGGAGAGCUGGAUACAGCAGAAGGAGAUUCAGCAAUGAAAAGUGAAGGAAACCAGUCUAAUCCAAAUCUUCUUGAUCUGGCCAAUAAUCAAGAGAUUGGUAGAGUAUCUAGCUGGGCUGUCAGCUUUGAUCAUCUCUUACAAGAUGAACUUGGCCUGGCCUGCUUCACAGAAUUUCUCAAGCGAGAAUUUAGCGAGGAAAACAUCAUGUUUUGGAUUGCUUGUGAGACAAUGAGUAAGAUGACCAAGAAAGAGGAGCUGAAGCGUAUGUCAGAGCACAUUUACAGCAAGCAUCUCUCAGAUGAAGCAUCAAUGCCAGUCAAUUUGGACAGCAGCUGUCGAUCCAAGGUUUUACAGGCCAUAAAGAAUCCAUGCCCAGAUAUGUUCAAAAUCCAACAACAACAGAUCUUCCAGUUGAUGAAGUAUGACAGCUACACACGCUUUCUGAAAAGCCAAGUGUAUCAGGAUUGUGUGUUAGCAGAGAUGGCAGGUAAUCCUCUACCAGGUUUCUGUCGUCAACGUAGCGAUGGAAGUGUCAGCAGUACUGAAGAAGCAACAGGUGAUAAUAAGAGAGCACAGAAAGGCAAUAAGAAAAAGUAUCAGCUUUGGAAAUCUUCCAAAUCCUACGGUGUGGAUGCAACUGCAGACAGCCCAGAGAAAAAACGCAAGUCACUUUUGCCAUGGAACAAAGGUAAAGCUUUAACUAAACCUAAUAGUGGACUGGAACCAUCUACAGUGUGUACAUCAGAUUCAGGACCUCUGAGACUGUCACAUAGUCAUCCAUCAGCAAAUAGUGGGAAUCUGAUGAACAAGACGGCCCCUGUAACAAGCAGAGCCAGUCAGAAUGAAGAGGCUAUUCCAAUGGAAGGUACAUGCCGACUGGUUUUCCCUAAUGACGAUGUGGUUGUGUUGCCUGCAAGACAUGGGUUUACUGUACGUGAUGUGCUUACACCUCAUCUUGAUGUGCGACAACUAAGCUUGCAGUCUGUCGAAACAUUCCUUGCUGAUUCUAAAGAGUCAUAUCCUAAGAGCAGGAAAAAGAUUGUUGACUAUCAACAAGACAUGGCUACCAUGGCAGGUGCUGAGAUUGUUAUUGAACAAAGAGUAGUCUUCAAGAUGGAACUACCAAGCCACAGAGUCAUUGGUGUCAAGUCUAAACCAACCAAAAAAUUGAUUGAGGUAUUGCGGCCAGUCACACAUAAAUACAACCUGCAACUAGAUGAACUUGUCGUGCACCUGAACAGUUCACCAGUCCCUCUUGACCUGGACAUUACAGUUGCAUCGUUAGAUGGGCAGAAGAUUCUGAUUGAAACUUUGGAGCAAUAUGGUGCUGGAAAUUAUCAAGUAAGAGCCAGAGUUGAUCCAGCUCCAAAUGGGACAAUGCAUAGAGCAGCAUCAGAAGAUAGCAUAAUUAGAAAACAAGAUGCAAGACGAACUCAUCAACCAGUUCAUCUUCCAAGACGUCUUUCACAAAAUGAGUUUUCUGGAAAAGAAAACCAACGUGAUAGUGGGAGGACAUCAGUUCCUGACAUCAAAUGUCAAGCUGUUACUCUAAGACCAAGUAAUUCUGAUACUUCGGUGCAGACAGUGAAGUCUCAGAAUAGGAAAUACCGAAUCACAAAUAACGAUGCAGAAGAGUUGUACUCAAUGCUUUCAAAGGCUCAGCGUCGGAGAAUGGAUGAUCAGCGUGGUCUGACUAUUCGUAAUCUAGACUUGCCAGACUUCUUGAAGAAACCAAACAAGAAUACAAAGAAUCGUUCCCAGAGUGCACUGGGUACCCCUUACCAGAGUGAUAAAGGAGACUUCUUGCAGAUCCAUGAAAAGAGUAAACAAUUCAAAGACAUGGCAGUGAGAUGCAAGUCAACCCCACCAACACCUUACAACGAGGAUUUAGGACUUGGAGAAGGAAUCAUACCAUCACACAUACAAGCUGAAGCUAUAUUUGGCAGUAGAGGGCGCUCAAGUGACAUUACUCCAAUCAGUUUCAAUGAGUCCAUGAUGGCAACGGGUAAUGCAAGGCAUGAUUACGAUGAUAACCUGGAUUUGGUAGAUUGUGGCUUUGGAUAUCAUGGUGUCACACACAACAACCUUCAGACAGACAUGAAUGAUGAGAAGUGUAGUCCUUUCACCUAUUUAACUGAUUCUUCGGUUGCUGCUGGGGGUGAUGUUGGUGCCCGAGAUUUGAGCUAUUCCACUGAAUUAAAUGAUCGCAGUUUGGGAUACAAUUAUCUUAGAGCUCAGCAUCAUGGCAGGCAUCUUCAAGGCAACCAGCACCGCGAUGAAGGUUACCGAGGCGAAGAAUAUGAUUUGGAUCAAACUUUAACCAAAUCAACAUCUGAACGCGAGACAUUCCUACCUCCUCUUCCAGAUGGCCAACUUAACCAUACAUUAAAUCUAGAUGAAGCCAACUAUUCUCCACCACCACCUCUCAUGUCCCAGGAUAAGGUGAUGUCAUUAGGUCAGAGUGGUAAUAUUCAAGGUAGCACUCUGCCAGGUCAUGCUUCGGAUAUGUCAAACCAGCCUCUAACAGACACUGAUUCUGUUAACUUUGGUGAUAGCUCUCUAAGUGACGAUGCACUUUCCCCACGACUCCCUUCACCUUCGACUCAUGACUUAGUCAUGACCCCAUAUCCAGAGGAGGAUUUUGACAGUGAUUCACGAGGUCAUGGCUUCCAUCACCAAGAUAAUUUCCCUCAUACUCUCAGAGAAAGUGAACCAUCAGUGAGUUCAAGGCCUGAUGUUCUUAGAUCAUUAUUUGGUCCAGAGAAUAUAAAUGCUUCCGUACUAGACUUUUCUCAGCAAAAUUCUUCCCAACACUUGGCUUCACAGCAAAGCUCUUCCACCGAUGACUUAGUAUUCUGUGAUACCUCACAGCCAAGGAUCACACAUUCUGCUUCUGCAUAUCAGGAUAGCUCCAACAGUUUGCAGCAAAAUUAUUCACAAAAUAUUGCCUCUCGGAGCAUGGCUGUAGAAAACAGUGCUCGUCAGGAUGUCGCCACUGACAACAUUGCUUCACAGAAUGUACUCGCAAAGAAUGAUAUUAUUUCAGGUAACAUGGAACCAAAACAAGGCAUCAGUCUUCAGUGGAAGGCAGCAAAUGGUGUACAACACCAAAGGAUAAAUCGUGACAAAUGGGAGACUGUUGUCAAAGAUGGCCGCACAAUGCGAGCAACAUUUGUCUAAGUGGCAUUGAACACCCUCCUAAAACCCAUAAAUAUAUGAAAGUCCUGAAUCCUUAAUACACAUGACACAUGUACAUGUACAAGGGGUGUACAAAUAUUGUACAUAAGGGGAGUCAAAAACGUUGGUGUUGGUGUAGUUUAUUCCAUGAUUUUGUCAAUAUACCUUGCCUCUUGCAGAAUAAUCAGGGCAUGAAGUUAAUACCAAUAGGGCUUAAGGUGAUGAAAACUUUUAGAACGAGUCUGAUUCAUGUACCUCCCACUUUUAUUUGAUACCUUCUACUUUAUCCCUAAAAGUACCGGGCGUUGUUUGUCUUAGUGUACUCAGUCUUACAAAAUACUACGUAACACUCUGAGCCUGAAGGACCUAGCGCUACAAAUUAAUAUUUCUGGCUAGGUUUAUUCCAU